CAUGCUAGCAGAUCAAGCCGGGUUGCAAGGGAGUAGCUCAGCUUGACCGUCAGCUCGGCUUGACAGACAAAAGCGAGUCGAACUUUUCUAUUUUAUUUUUUGUAAAUUAUGAUGAAGAUCUAAACAAUGUCACAGAAGGACACAUUAUUGCAUCUCGUUGCCGGGGGAUGUGGCGGUACAGUGGGCGCCAUCGUCACGUGUCCCCUGGAGGUGCUGAAGACGAGGCUGCAGUCCUCUGGCCUGACGCUGAGGCCCGUCUUCCAGGUGCAGCUGGGCGCAGCCGUCAGCGGUGGGGCGGGGGUCAUCCGGCCAGGUGCCGUCACGCCCAGCCUAUUACAGGUGCUACGGUCGAUUCUUGAAAAGGAGGGGCCACGAUCGCUCUUCAGGGGACUAGGUCCAAACCUCGUUGGAGUUGCACCUUCACGAGCCGUGUACUUUGCUGCCUAUUCCAAGUCCAAAGAGACGUUCAAUGGCAUCUUCGUGCCUAACAGUGGGCCUGUACAUAUGUCGUCGGCGGGAUGUGCAGCCUUCAUCACGAAUACCAUGAUGAACCCCAUUUGGAUGGUCAAGACAAGAAUGCAGCUAGAGAAAAAAGCGAGAGGCGAGCGCCGGAUGAACGCGCUGCAGUGCGCGCGCUUCGUCUACCAGAAGGAGGGGAUCCGAGGCUUCUACCGGGGCCUGUCGGCGUCGUACGCCGGCAUCUCGGAGACCAUGAUCUGCUUCUUGAUCUACGAGACGCUGAAGAAGGAGAUGGCCGAGCAGCGCAUGACCGAGGCCAACAAGGGCGCCACCGACUUCAUGGGUCUCAUGGUGGCGGCGGCCUUCGCCAAGGGCUGCGCGUCCUGCAUAGCAUACCCACACGAGGUCAUCCGCACGCGACUACGGGAAGAGGGCAGCAAGUACAAGCACUUUUUCCAGACGGGCCGCCUCAUAGCGGUGGAGGAGGGCUUAGCCGCAUUGUACCGAGGACUCAUUCCACAGCUCAUCCGACAGAUCCCCAACACGGCCAUCACGCUGUCCACCUACGAGCUCAUCGUCUACCUGCUCCGGGAGUCCUCCUAAAAUGUGGAGGACGUCGUGCAGAGGCACCCCUCACCACCCUCAUCCCUCACCUUAAAACCCUGCCGUUAUACCCAUGCCCCCAUUAACCCGGAUGCCCAGAGCCUUGCCUCCUUUCUCCCUCCCCUCUCACCCCAGGCCUCAGACCACACAAGGGGAACAAGCCAGAGACUGUAGGCACUGCAGAUACGGUGGCCUGAAUGUACCUCCUUGAGUAAUGGCCUGUCCCACCCCCCACCUCCUUUGCUUUGAGAGUGGCUACCGGGAAGACUUUAAGAGCCUUUUUUGUAUAGAUAUUAUAUUAUUCAAAGGGAUGCUUAUGAUCAGAUGUUACAGUGAACAGGGACGUUUGCAUCUGGACUGAAAGGACUUUGGGGAAGUAUCAUUAAGGUUGUAAUGAGUGACUAUGGUACAUAAUGUGUGGCAAUGAUCCAUGCGAACAAGGAAACUACUAAUAGCUUGUACAGAGAGAAGAGAUAAUAGGUUAUCUAAAAGAGAAUGAACUUUUUAAGCUAACUAAAUUAUUGUUCUGUCAUUAUUGUUACCAGUUGCUGUCUUUUUAUUUCUGUCUCCUCUGUUUGUCCUAUCAGUGGAAAAAUGUUUGAACGCGUUGACCACUUUAGCGUGUGAACCUGAAAAGGGAUCAAUGGUCACGCUCCUUCUCUCAUCAGACAUGUACACAAACCCACUCGCAUCAUGUCAAGAGCCAUGGGCGCUUACGUAGAAGGUCAAAGUUCAAACUAAAAACGCAUAACAGCUGGUUUCAGUUCCGUUCAGAAAAAUCAGGGUUAUUUGUAUAUUUAUGUUUGUGAGCAGCAUCGUUAGGUCUUUUACAGAAAAAAAGGAAACCCAUUUGACCAGUGGUUGAAUAAAAACACAUUGGUAAAACUUC